AUGCUUAGGAUGAUUGGGCAGGAGAGUGCUGAAUUAGAUCUGACUUAAAGAAGUUUAUUGAGUAAAUGGGGGAAGGAAGGAAGAAAUGCAUAUGAGUUUAGAUGGAAAUAGCGUAUUUAUGAGAGGGGGAGAGUGAUUCAAUGGGAAUAAGUGAGAGAGACUUUAGAAUGUGUGGAAAAAUGA